AUGCUUCGGUUGGGGCCAUACCCGCCCCCGCUGAUCGACAUCUCCGGCCCCGAGGAACUAUGGACAGACAAGUUCGACAGCGUUCCGAUCCUUGCCAGCGACCUGGAAUCAAGCGUCGCCUCACCGUUGGAUGACCCCUCGGAACCACGGUGUCUGGAGAUUUUAGAGGCAAAGCCCGAGUCUGUGCAGGAACACAUCAACGCCGUCCUGGGCUUCAACACCUUUCGCCGACUUGGGCAGGUGGUGCAAGAGGCAGCUCCCUCAGAGCUUGAGGCGGAGCGGCGAGAGGAGCUGCAUGAGCGGGCAUUGGAGGCCCUGAAGGCUGCAGUGCAGCGGCGGGCUGCAGAGGAAAAGUAUGCUGAGACACCGGCGGCUGCGACGGUGCCACAAGCAAGCCCACAGCUUUCCGUGACGUCGGUGACGACUGGAACGCCCUCGUCCUCUCAGUCGGAGGUCGGCAGCAAUGGCGGAAUCGAGGAGGACACUGCCUGGGAGGACCAUGUCCAUUCGCAAAUUCGCUGGGCCGCAGAGGCAGCGAAGUUCCGUCAGGACGAUUCCGCAGCGCCCUGGGUGGAGGCGCUUCGGGGAGUGGGCCCUCCGGGCCAGUUCGAGGUGACCUCAGCUCAGAUUCGGGCUGCAGAAUACUUUCAGGAGCAGCAAAUGUAUGAGCAAUACCUCCUGGAGUUGCAACGCUAUCAACAGGCCUGCUCAGGGAGCCUGGACUGGGGAGUGUUGGUCGAGUUGCAUGCCCUGGGACGGCAUGGACUGCAACUGCAACAGAAGCUUGCGCAGACGUCUGCCUGCAUAGAAGGGAUGCAGCAGGCUGCCUCGUUUGCUGAGACCUCGAAUCUGCUGCUUCCGGUCGCGACCUCAGUUCUCCUGCGCACGAGAUCUCGUGUUUACCUGUUGGACCUGUGCUUUCUAGGAUCUUUAGCGACCUUCGAUGUCAGAAGCAUUGCCUGGCCGCAGCCCGUUUUCGCUUUCCCUCCGCCUUCGGACGCCUCUUCCAGCUUCUUCAGGAUGGCUGAAAAGGAGGACGAUCUGCCCGACUUCGACGACCAGGAGGACGCGAAGAACGAGGAGAGCAAGGAGGCCGAGGCGAAGAAGAACCAGGCCACACUCCAUGCUUCCGGCUUCAAGGACUUCCUGCUGAAGGCCGAGCUGAUCCGUGCCAUCGUGGAUUGCGGUUUCGAGCACCCCUCGGAGGUGCAGCACGAGUGCAUCCCACAGGCUAUUCUCGGAACGGACGUGCUGUGCCAGGCGAAGUCCGGCAUGGGCAAGACCGCGGUGUUUGUUUUGGCCUGCUUGCAACAGGUCGAUUCAUCGGAGAAGGCCGUUCGAACUCUGGUGAUCUGCCACACCCGCGAGCUGGCGUACCAGAUCAAGCACGAGUUCGAGCGCUUCGCCAAGUACUUCCCAGAGAUCAAGACUGCUGUGGUGUACGGCGGCACCCCCAUGCAGAACGACAAGGAUCUCCUGAAGGACUCGUGCCCGCAUAUCUUGAUUGGUACACCGGGCCGAGUCUUGGCACUCCUCCGGGAGAAGGAGCCGGAAGGGCCGCGGAGGGUUCAGUGCUCCGGCACUCCGAAGCCCUUGCUGGUGUUGCCCCGGGAACCCGGGGCAUUUGUCGCCGCAUUGGCGACGAUUCGAGAGGACCGCCGGCGCUUUCUUUCGGCAGCCGAGGCUCUAGGCGCAGAGCCGAAGCGCCGCGAGUUCGGCUUGUGCUGCUUGGAGUUUCUGGCGGAGGAGCCGGAUGUCGUGGGCGGCGUGCUGCGGCCCGGCACCGGAGCCGCGGCAUUGGCAUCCCUGAUUUCGGGCGCUGUGGAGGCGCGAAUCGGCGCAACCGUGCAAGAGCGUAGGCGUGCUUGUGCAGCCGCGUUCAAGUUGCAUGCAGCCGGCACGGAGUCUCAGGUGGUCAUGCGCGGCCCGGAGCGUAGCAUGCGGCGCACCUCCACGAGGGCCCUGCGACAGGCCGUGCGGAUAAUUGCUCGCUGGGGCAUCCGUGAGGCUGACGUCAGCGCGGACGAAGCAUUGAUCUUGGCCGGGGAGGCGCAAGAAGCAUGCCUUUGGGACGUGUUGUCCGACCUUGUCCAGGCCUUUCCUUCGCUUGUCGGCGUCCUGAACGUCACGGGCGUGUCGGUGAAGUCUCGUCGGCGACUGCGAUGGCUGCACCGUGCGGAUGGUGAAACGCUCAGUGUGGUUCCUCAGUGUUUUAUCCUGCGAAUCCGGGCAGCAGCUCAGUCGGCAAAACCUACACGAGCGUUGGCUGCAUGCGGAGGCAGUGAAGAGCUUCGCAUGUGCUGCCUUCAGCUUCUGGCCGAGGAAGGGUUGCUCUCGCUUGCUGAGCAGACUGCCGGCAACUGGUGGCUGCCCUUUCACCCCACGGCGGAGCAUCGGAAGCUGCAGGCGCAGCGUGCGAAAACCUUCUUCCGGCUCCCUGAUGGUGUGCGCGUCACCUUCGUGUCAUCCACGGCAGCAGCUCAGGCAGCUUUUGGUCGUCUGCGCGGUCUCCAGCGUGUGGGCCUGGACGUCGAGGGCAGCCAGGAGGCAGCGCUGCUGCAACUUGCUGCAGAAGAGGAGGUCUUUGUGUUCGACGUCCUCGCGCUCCGAGACGAUGCAGAAGCUGCUGAAGCCUAUGCAGACUUCCUCACGCAAGAUGGGCUUGAGAUCCUUGGCUUCGGAGGCCGACAUGAUCUUCGAAUGGUGGCCAAAGCGCCGGCAUUUCGCAUGGCUGCAGACCUCCGGCCCCAGUUCCGGGACGUCCAGCGCGGUCAUGGGCCCAAGAAGAAGCUGCCUGGGCUCUCGAAGCUGGCCCAGAAGUUCUUGGGAAAGCCCCUGGACAAGUCCCUUCAAGUCUCCGACUGGUCGGCAAGGCCUCUCACGGCAGAGCAGCUCCAGUAUGCGGCGCUGGAUGCUUGGGUUUUGCUGAGAAUCAUGGACAAGGUCGAGACAAACGGCACGGUGAGAGAAGUGGCUCAAGCGGCUGACGUGUGUUUCGUGGAGGACAGCUGUGAGCAGGAUGGUAGCUUUAGUUGCCGGGAGGACCUGAAGCUUGACAAGAUCCAGCAGUUUGUCCUGGACGAGUGUGACAAGUGCCUCGACAAAGUCGACAUGCGAAAGGAUGUGCAGCAGAUCUUCAUGGAGACGCCCAAGAAGAAGCAGGUCAUGAUGUUCAGCGCGACGAUGUCUGCAGAGACCCGGGCUCUUUGCAAAAAGUUCAUGCAGGAUCCGCACGAGAUCCGGGUUGACGAAGAGUCGAAGCUUACGCUCCAUGGCCUUCUCCAGUACUACGUGAAGCUCACUGAGAAGGAGAAGAACCGAAAGCUGAACGACCUGCUGGAUGCCCUGGAGUUCAACCAGGUCGUUAUCUUCGUCAAGUCGGUGCAACGGGCCAUCGCGCUCGACAAGCUGCUGGUCGAAUGCAACUUUCCUUCUAUUGCCAUCCACUCGGGCCUGCAACAGGAAGACCGCAUUGCUCGGUAUAAGCAGUUCAAAGAGUUUCAGAAGCGGAUCAUGGUAUCCACGGACCUCUUCGGGCGUGGCAUCGACAUUGAGCGAGUCAACAUCGUUAUCAACUAUGACAUGCCGGACGAAAGUGAUUCCUACCUCCAUCGCGUCGGUCGUGCCGGACGCUUCGGCACCAAGGGUCUGGCGAUCACCUUCGUGGCGACGGACGAGGAUCAAGAGGUCCUGAAGAAGGUGCAGGAAAGAUUCGAGGCGGGAUGGCGUGGUAUGGGCAGAGCUUCAGGACUCUGGACGGGACCGGUGGCAAGCAUGAUGAUCAUGUCAUCGAGACCACGUCCAGUCUUUACUGUUCACCUUGUCCACUAUAUUCCAGCUUAG